AUGCAAAAAUCUGUCAGAGUGGGCGACUAUUUUGACAAUGAUGACAAUGGUUUAUGGUCUUGGUACCUAACAAAUCUAAGAUUAGGAGAUUUCGAAGAACUUAUAGGCAAUCAAUUAAAAUACACUUUAUUAAAAAGAUUUCUGAACAGUCAUUUUUAUGGUGAUAACAGUAUUUGGGCCAGACCAAACAAGAAAAUUUUGUUAGUUUCCAUCCCAGAGAAUGUUCAUGAAGAUAUUUCCAUAUUAGAAAUCUUUCUUAAAGAUUACUUCCACCUGGAGAAAUUAGAACACAUUCAAAUAUCAAAGUUAACUCAUUCCCACUGCUACAAUCACGAAAACCACUACUUAUUGACGGACAACCUCAAUAAUUUCCAAGAUCCUACUUUUUUAGAAUUUGCGAGUACAAGUUGGCAAGUUCAAAAAAAUUCAAAGGCCUUAAAUAAUAAUAGAAAUUCAAUACAACCCCCCCCAAUAUCUUCAUCAAAAACUUCAAAUGGGAAGUCAAAACCAAACAUUUCAGACGAUCAGUGGUCAAAUAUAAAUACCCAGACUGCAACAGCUACUCGAACUAAUACGAAUACGAGGACUUUAACAUCUCCCGAUACAGUUGAUAUAAAUGCGACGGCGAAUGGUCAAAACAAUAACCAUGAUGUGCCUCAGAAUAAUAAUGUAAAUGAAAAUGAUGAAGAAGACGCAGGAGACGAUGCUACAAGUUCCAUAGUUCUAAACUUUUCUCAUUCGCGAACAGUAGACCCAAAGCCUAAUAGACUACCCAAAAUUUUCCCAUCGUACACUAAUGAAGAGUAUACACCAUCACAUUCCGAGAUAAUAUCAAUAGAUAGUUUUGCUGGCGAAGACCUAUCAUCCACAUAUCCCGGACAAGAUCUGAGCUUAACUACUGCAAGGCGUGAGGAUGAAAAUGAUCAAGAUGGGGUUGAAGAUCAUUAUACCAGGGUCUCAAAUGAUCUUGGUGAUGAGAGGAUCGAUCAAGCAAGUUCUAGCAUGGAAAGUUCUAUUAGCUGCACAAGUUGUAGUAGUAGCAGUGAUAGUAGGAGUGCUCACUACAGUUUAAGCGGUAGUAGCCGAGGUAGCCUGAAACAUGGAGAUGCCGAUCACACAAAUGCCACCUAUGUCUCCGAAUUGUCAAGUAUAACGAGCUCUAUAGACAAUUUAACUACUUCCACAACCCCAGAGGAGGAAGAUCAUCUAAUUCACCGUAACUAUGACGCCCAAGGGUAUGCAUCAGGAGAGGAUGAUGGGGAGGAAGUUUAUGAUGAUGAAGACCUCUCUUCUUCUGACUACUCAGUACUAUCCAUCUUACCAUCGAUCUCAAUUUGUGAUUCACUCGGUUAUUUUAGACUAGUUUUGCAAUCCAUAUUAAUUCAGGAUCCGGACACUAAAGAAAUUUUUACUGCAAUUAGACAAUCAAACAACAAACCUACAAUAGCAAGCGUUACCGAUGAUUGGUUAUUGUAUGAUUCCAAUUUUUCAAUGAAUAAUUUACAAAUCCUAACACUUCAAGAUUUGCUAGAUAUCAAGAGAUCAUUUCCCAAAAUUCUAUUUUAUACAAUGGUUAUCGUGACGGACUCCAGCAAAGAAGUUGAAGAAGAACUUAAAAAUCCUAAUUAUGAAAAUAGGGAAGGCAUAUCGAAGGAACAACCUCUGGAUUCUGAGUUAUCAUUAACUCACGACCCACAACAAUAUUUCCCAACUGCAUAUAACAACGGUUAUAAUGAGUAUAUCGAUGAUGAAGACGACGGUGACGAUGCUUCAUUAUCCGAACAGUCAGGCCCACAAAUGUACAUACCAACUAGAAUGGAAUCUAACGUUACCACAGCACACCGUUCUAUUAGAACUGUCAACAGUAUCGGGGAGUGGGCAUUCAAUAGACAUAAUUCUGUUACCAAAAUCGACAAGAGUAAUAGUAACGAGUUGGAUAACUCUAAAACAGGUGAAGAUACAAUUUCAUCAAGCGAACCUUAUCCAAUGACACAACUGUCGGACACCAAUACGACCUCUUUGAAUUUCAGCCAUUCAUUGAACAAAAAAAAUUCUUUCAAACUUAAUUCCAAAGGUAACAAUGAAAGUAACUCUAAAAAUGAGCUGAAAAAGAUAAAGAGCUCUAUUAAUGCUAUGAGUGCCGUCGAAAGGUCCAAAAGUUUGCCAUUACCUACGUUACUAAAGUCUUUAAGCGGUAUAGACAAUCAUACUCAUGGCGCCAACAAGGAUAGAAAGCGUUGGAAGUUUCAGAUGAAUAGGUUUAGGAAUCAUAAAAACAGUGGUUCUGCAGGUACGGAUAAAUCUCAGCGUUGCACCAUCAUGUAA